CGUAGAAAGAAUAGAAAUAUGACAAAAGCAAAAAUGGAUAUACACCAAGUACUCAAACAGUUACCUCAUCGCUAUCCGUUUGUGAUGGUGGACAGGGUUUUGGAAAUUGAGCCUGGAAAAUCUAUCAAGGCGCUGAAAAAUGUGACUAUUAAUGAACCUUAUUUUGUAGGGCAUUUCCCCCAUCGUCCGGUGAUGCCCGGGGUGAUGAUAGUGGAGGCUUUGGCGCAGACGGCUGCGCUUUUGGGUUUUGAUACCCUGGGCGUUACACCAGAUAGCAAAACCAUGUUUUAUUUUGCUGGCAUAGACGGGGCGCGCUUUAAACGCCCUGUAGAGCCAGGCGAUCAGCUCAUUUUGUAUAUGGAAGUGGAGCGGGUGCGUGCUGGCAUUUGGAAGUUUAAGGGGCAUGCGACUGUUGGCGAGGAUUUGGUCACUGAGAUGGCCCAAUUACACCCUACAGCGAUAGUUAGCCCUACUGCCCAGCUGCAUGAAACUGUGCAGGUGGGCGCUUUUACUAUCAUAGGCGAUAACGUGCGCGUAGCUGCCAACACGAGUAUAGGCUCGCAUUGUGUAAUAGAGGGUCACACCCAGAUUGAUUGCGACAACCAAAUUGCUUCGCAUAACUCCAUAGGCAGCGCAGCGCAAGACAAGAAAUACCGCAACGAAGCCACGCGCUUGGUCAUAGGUGCGCGCAAUACCAUACGCGAGUUUUGCACCAUCAACACUGGCACGAUACAAGGUGGUGGCGUUACUACCAUUGGGGACGAUAAUUGGAUUAUGGCCUAUGUGCACAUUGCCCAUGAUUGUCAAGUGGGUUCGCACACCAUCAUGGCCAACACUUCCACUCUAGCGGGUCAUGUAGAAGUUGGCGACUGGGCGAUUAUUGGAGGACUCACUGGGGUGCACCAAUUUACCAAAAUUGGCGCACAUGCUAUGGUAGGUUUUGCCAGCGCAGUGAGCCAAGAUAUUGCUCCUUAUAUGAUGGUAGAUGGUAAUCCUUUAUCGGUGCGCGGCAUUAAUUCCGAGGGCUUGCGUCGGCGCGGGUUUGGCAACGAGCGCAUU